UGGAUUGACCACACAUACCUGUACAUGCAUAUGCUGAAGGAUCCAGCACUCUACAGUGUUGGUGUUGACUACCUCGAGGAUGAUCCGGCACUGGUGCAGAAGUGUGUGGAUAUCGCGCACACGGCCGCCAUCAUUCCUGAGAAGUGCCAUCUCAUCAAGUACAAGUGGGCACCUGGACGGUUCCAUGGCACUGAGCUAGGUCACAUUGCCUCUUAUUACUACGUGAUACACAACUCGAUGGUGAUGUACAACCAGCAUCUCAGGCCAACAAUAACAACACUGGAGCUUUUUAGGGUAUUUGCUCUGUCCAAUGAGUUC